AGUGUCCAUUCUCCAUAGUGCUGGGUUUUAUUUCCUGCCUCCGCAGCUACAGCUGCUCUCGCUUCUCAGAAAACACCCUGUUCAUUGGUUGCUCUCCAUGUUUCAACGAUCUUUGUACUUCUUUUGAUCGCUAGCGAAUAGACGGUGACCCAGAUAGUCAUGGCCAUUAUAGUUUGAUUGUGGAAUUUUAACGGGAAUUUGAAUAUUCACGCUUAUUUUGGCCCUGGUGAUUAAGGUUCUCUGCUAGUGCAUAUAAUGGAGAAAGCUAGAGGUGAUAGUGCAAGCCAAUUGGCUGGGGGUAUGGGCAGUUUUUUGAGAAAAUGUAUUUUCAGUAUCCUGUCUGUGGGUCCCCUUCCCAAUCACAUUGCCUUAAUCAUGGAUGGAAACCGAAGGUAUGCAAAAAAGCAGAACAUGGCAGAAGUGGCUGGCCACAAGGCUGGGUUUAUCGCUCUCAUGAAGCUGCUUUCUCACUCCUAUGAACUGGGAGUGAAAUACGUAACAGUCUAUGCCUUCAGCAUUGACAAUUUCAAAAGGCGUCCUGAUGAAGUUAACUCCUUGAUGGCUCUAAUUGUAGAAAAGAUUGAAGAGCUGCUCAACGAAGGAAGUAUUGUGAGCCAAUAUGAUAUCAGAAUGUAUUUUAUUGGUAACCUGAAACUUUUGAAUGAGCCUGUCAGGGUUGCAGCCGAAAGGGCAAUGGCAGCUACUGCCAACAACACCAAGGCUGCACUUUUAAUCUGUGUGGCUUAUACUUCUUGUGAUGAGAUUGUGCAUGCUGUUCAAGAAUCCUGCAAGGCUAAAUGGAUUGAAACUGAAGCACUUGGUGUGAUUGAAGGAAAUCAUGAAGAGAGCAAAGAGAAGCAAUUGGUGCUUCCUACUGUCAAGGUGUUGGACAUUGAGAAGCACAUGUACAUGUCAGUGGCACCCGAACCGGACAUUCUGAUCCGAACUUCUGGUGAGAACCGGCUCAGCAACUUUCUCCUUUGGCAGACGACUAACUGUCCAUUGUACUCUCCCACUGCAUUAUGGCCAGAGUUCAGUUUUUGGCAUUUCCUGUGGGCAGUAUUGAACUUCCAGCGAAGCUACCAGUAUUUUGAGAAGAAAAAGAAGCAGCUAUAACAUUCUUCUUCUAAUUAAGCCCACACAAAGUCGGUCUUUAUUUCAAAAAAGCCAGAAAAAGAAAAAUAAGCUACAAAGUCUAACUUUAUUUCAUAAUCCUGCAUUACUUUACCGGGGAAUUUCUCGAAUUCCUCUUAAGAGUUGGUAGCUUUAUAGUUACUUUGAAUUGUUCAAAUGGUCAGGCCUCUGAUUUGUAUUUGGGGCUUUAAUUAGCCAGUGAAUUGGUAUUGGCCCCAAGCCUACUUGUAUGCUACCUUAGUUUAUAAAGCUAUACUUUCAUGGAAUUAAGUAUUCUGAUUUCCUA